CGCCCGCCCUACACCACGCACACACCUCGCACACAGAUUUCAGACACGAGUAAAUUAAGCAGACAUCAAUGGAAGCGGGUUAAGGCUGUACCAGGAUGUCUUUUCGAAAUUAUAGCGAUUCAACAUCGUACGGUCGAAGUCGAGAUACAGGCAGAACGAAUACGACAAGUACAUCAACAGAGCGACCCACGACAGUCACCGCGAAAUAUAUCAAUGCCACUCCAUCGUACAAGUCGUCCAGCAUACCCAUUCUUUCCCAUGGCUCAGAGCGCUCUUCUUCUAAAGAUGAAACACCUAUUUCAAUUAUUGCUAGCAGAUACGCUAACUACAAUAAACCGGAAAAAUCGAUACCAAAAUAUGAAAAGAAAGAUUACAGCAAAUUGUCGAUACCCUCAAUUACUACAAGUAGAGACAAAAGUCGCGAUGCGAGUCCAGUUUCGGCAACGUCAAAGUACAGUCUCACUCGUCCAUCAAGACACCUAAGUCCAGACAGAAGGACAGUGAAGACCUUCAAAGAAAAAUCUCGAGAUAUCAGCCCCAAAGAUCUCGAUAAAAACAUUCCAAGUAAGACUGAAAAGUCUACAGGCUACAGCAGCUUGUCAAAUUACAAAUUAUACCCUCGGACAUCAAGCUAUACAAGACCUGCCAUUAAAACUGAAUCCAAGCCUGAAGUUACUGUUAAUAGAUAUGCUAUUGCCAGCCGAUUAUCAACAAGCUACCUAAGAAGUCCGCCCACAGUAAAACGAACAUCAGUGUCGCCAGUACAUCAUGUUGAAGCACCGAAAACUGCAGUUGAAAAAAUAACAUCUCCAACAAUUGUGGUGGAAGAGAUACGAGAGCCUCAAAAGGAAAAUGAGCAAGAUGAGCAUUUUAAUGAUUUACAAAAUGUCAGUAACCCGACUGAAAUUGAAACUUUAACUGUGAUCACAAGACACACUUCUCCCACCCCACCUGGUUCUUCCGCUUAUGUUCGUAGUAGAAGAGCUGACAUGGCUAAAACAAUAGAGAAAACCAUUACACGUAUUAAAAAUAGGCCGCAAAUGUGUAACAAAGAAGUUCAAUCGGACAGAUUAGAUGAUCCUACUAGAGCCAGUAGAUUCGGAAGCGCAUCAAGAACUAGUACAACAAAUUGGUCGUAUUAUUCACCAAGCUCUAAUAAUUACACUGGAUACGCCGGUAGGUAUUCAACACAAUACUCAACCUUACGAGAAAAUUCCAAUGGUAUUUCCUAUAAUGAUAGGAGUAGUAGAAGCCGUAGCACUGAAAGAACAUCCGCUGAUUUCAAUAACAGUACUUCAAAUUCAGAUAGUAACAAAGAAAAAAAUAUAUGUCACAAAGUACAACCAGAGUCAAGUGAAGACGUUGUUGCCGUUUGUGAGCAGAAUAAAAGUGAUGACACAUCUGAAAUUAUUAUAAACGUUAAUCUGAAAUUAAAAAGGGCAAAAAGUCCAACGUCUGCUCCUGAGUUAGUAUCUCCGGAAAUUACCAUAACAAAUAGUCAACUACCACCUCAAGCACCUAAAGCAGAUGCAGUUACUAAGCUUAAAAAACCUAAAAUACGAAAAUCAAGUACGGAUUCGUCAACGGAUUCUAUAUCCAAAAAAAAAGUUAUAAAAAGAAGAAGUAAAUCUGCAAGUUCUACUGACUCAGACCUAUGUGCUGAACAGAUGGAAAAAUCUUCUAUUGCAUCAAAUAAAAGUCUACAAAAAACUUCAUCAAAUAAUUUACAAAACGGUCCAAAAUUAAAACAUUCCAAAUCACGAGACAGUAAUAGCCCUGAAUCAAGUAUAACACUAUCAACUCAGUCAUCUGUCAGUGAAGAUGAAAACCUUUCCAAAACUCACUCUAAAACCCAAGAAUUAUCUAGAACAUCUGCUGAUGAAAUCUCUAUACCAACGGACCGGUCUGGUAGACAGACUUCACCACAUUUAACCCAGAAUAAUGGUGCGGAAGAAGCCAAAUCGUUUUUAAUUAGAGCUUUGGCUCCUGUUACGAAUCUUUUUAAAAUGAAACAUAGUGAUUCUUGUGAUAGUAGUCGGUGGCCAGAAAAUUCAAAUUCUGAAUCAACCAGCAAAGAUGUUUCCAACCUUAUAACGGAGAGUGAUAAAUCUAGUAAGAGUAAAAAUAUUAUCGCUUCCAACGACGAUGGUUUAGUAAGAUUAAAAGCUAUAAGAUCUGUUGAUUCGGGUGACCGAAGUAGAUGGCUAGAAUCAGAUUCGGAUAAGAAGUUUUCACCAAGAAAUAAUCACCAGAGUUCAUCUGACAAAAAUAUACCGAAAAUGAUACGGCACGUCGAAUCGGGAGAGAGAGCAUGGUGGCUUGAUUCUAGUAGUGAUAGCAAAAAAGAUCAAGUUCAAGUGAGUAGCACGGAUAGCUCCGAUCCCAAUCAAGCAUUUAAAAAGUAUAAACUUGCAGACGAAGAGAAACCCUGGUGGCUCGACAGUAAUGCAAAUAUACCAGAAGGUAUUGAGCGACUUACUCCUCCAAGAAAGUCGACUAGUGAGAGUGACAAAAAUGAGAAGUACAACUUUUUCAAAGUUCGUCGUAUAGAAUCAGGAGAUCAAAAAGAUUGGUGGUUAACAAGCAACGAGAACUCUUUAAGUGGAAAUAAACUUGAAAGUCACAGCUUAAGCAAAUCUGGAUCUGACAGAAGCUUUCCUUUGAGACGAAUACGUCAUAUUGAAUCUGGAGAGAGACCUUGGUGGUUGUCGAGUGAUAAAAACAUUCCAGAAGGUAUAGAAAAACUACCUACACCUCCACCUCAACAGGAAAGUGAUUCUUCAGAUUCGGAGGAAGUGCAAGUUUACAUUCCUCCCUCACAUGUACCUCCGUUUCCAUUGCAUUUACCAGACGAUGAGCCUUUAGGUGAUAGAAGAAGUCCCGAAGGAUUGGAAACUCCUAGAGAAAAUGAAAAUUACAGAGGACGUACUUCGCCUUACGAAAAUAAUCGGCAAUGCAGAAGAAGAAGUUCUGCAAAUGCCUUUCAAAAAGUAGACAGAUAUAUCUCACGGUACACUGAUAUUGAUGACAUUCUGGGAACCUCUGGUCAAAUAUAUAGCCCUUUCAUGGAUUCUAUAUUGGCCAGAAGAACUGGUCAGACCCUACUGGACGAAGACGUAUGCGAAGAAAUCGACCCUACUCAAGUUAGAAUUCAUGAUAGCACUGCCCAGCGCCCUGUGAUCAAGAAGAUAGGAUCCAGGAGCGAUAUCAUUGACUACAACAACGAGGAUCAGCUUGACGAUGCGACUUUGCAAGUCUUCAAGGAUGGAGAUUAUGGACCGUAUUUAGACCUGGACUCCACAUUGGGUGAACAAGAUGAGGAGCUUGAAGGACUUCAAGACAAUCGCAAAAAUGCACUGGUUCUUCGCACCCAGCUGUCUGUGCGCGUACAUUCCAUUAUGGAACGCUUGCUACACUCUCAGGGUCGUGAGCUCCGGCGAGCUCUGUUCUCCCUCAAACAGAUUCUACAGUCGGACAAGGAUCUGGUCCACGAGUUUGUCGCCAACAAAGGUCUCGACUGUCUGAUGCAAGUUAGCAACAUGGCUGAUCAUAACUAUCUGGAUUACAUACUCAGGGCCCUCGGACAGAUUCUUCUAUAUGUCGACGGCAUGCACGGCGUCAUGGGUCACGAGGGGUGCAUUCAAUGGCUCUAUUCGUUGAUCUCGAGCAAAUUCAGGCACGUCGUGAAAACCGCCCUCAAGCUACUUCUCGUCUUCGUCGAAUACACAGAGAAGAACUGUCUUCUGUUGAUCGACGCCAUAAUCGCAGUGGACGGUUCCGCUGGCUACCAGCCGUGGCAUAACAUCAUGAAAAUACUACAGGACUUCGACGCUUCCGAUACAGAGUUGCUUAUAUACGCAACUACCCUAAUAAACAGAUGCUUGAACAAUGUUCCGGACAGAGACACGUAUUAUGAUCAAGUAGACGCUCUACAAGACCAAGGGAUGGACGAUAUUAUUCAGUUGUACAUGACGAAGCAAGGUACAGACUUGGACCUUUUAAGGCAGCUGCAAAUCUUUGAAGCGGUGUUGCUGUAUGAAGAUGGCGACGAAAGCGGAACGGCACUACAGCAACUUGAUGAAUCGGUUAUCUCGUUGGUACGAAGGCGAAGUCUUAAUUUAAAUACGUCCGAGAUGAGGAAGUCCAAGAAACAACAAAUGCGAGAAAAAGCGAGGCCUCCGGUCAUCACUCAUCCCGAGCCCGAAACUAAAAUCGCAAAUAACCAACGCACGUCAUUCCUUCCAUCCAUAAUGGACAAUAAGGAAAACAAAGAUCUUAGCGCUGCACUGAGGAGGCGCAGAGAUCGCUACGCCAGACAAGCGCACCAUAUAAUACAACAACAGGAGAUGUUGAACAACUCGAACACGAUUUACAAUGGUCUGUUUGGUGCCACCAAUGGAACGUACUCAACACCGAAUGGGACUACUAAUGGGAAUUGCAAUGGAACUUACACAAGUAUUAAAAAUUAUUCGAACGGAAGCUUGAAUGGGAAUCAUUACGCCAACGGUGUCAAUGGGCAUCUGGAUGACGAAGAACCAUACGCUAACAGAACCACGAGGAGUCUAAACCAAACCGAUGCUUUAAAGAACGGAAACCAAAGAUAUACCGCGGGGCUGAAACAAAGAAUUCAAAAUGGUACACUCGGUCACAGCGUCAGUGCUGUAGACGCUCUCGCAGCAAUGCGGCAGAAGCAGCUUGACAGUACACCCGAAGCCAAAGACGACCGGGGCAUCAUAAUCAAUAGGGAGCACAGCAUUAAAGACUUAGCCCAACGUCUGACUAGCCCCGUAAGCCCUACUACUGAAGAAAAACCCUUAAGGGUCUCCGAAAUGGCUGGAAUAGUAUCUAAAGCCAAAGAGGAAUUAGCGAAAUCUCAAUCUAAAGAAGUUAUCAAAAGUCCAACAAUAGAGAAAUCUCAGAAAGUCCACGAAAUCAAGGUAUCCGAAAACGACAUUCACUGGGAAGAACUGAAAAAAGGGUGCCUCAAUAGAGAAUUCCAUCUUUGCGACCUAGAUUUUUCGGAUCUGAGACACGAUUCUGAAGAUGAUAUGUUAUAUCCGGCUGUGAGCGCUGCUAACGGCCCUCCCCCUCCGCCUCCCGGAAUGUUUCCGCCCAUAGGAGCCCCUCCGCCUCUCCCGGGCUGUUUCCCCAUCGUGCCCAAAAACAACGUACCAAUACCGCCUAAGCCCUCUUUGUCAUCGGAACUAUCAAAUAAUUCCGACAGUUCAACAAUUAAAAAGAACAAGAAAACAGUGAAAUUGUUUUGGAAGGAAAUACAAGAGAAUCCGGUACCUGUGACCGUUAGACCUAAAGUAGGCGGCUUUAUAUGGGACGACUUACCCAGCAUCGAUCUGGACACAGCAAUGCUGGAGCAUCUUUUCGAAUCGAGAACCAAUGAUUUGAUAAUUAAGGAGAAAUUAAUGGAGCCAAAGAGAAACCUAAUCUUAGAUGCUAAAAGGUCCAACGCGAUAAAUAUUGCGAUGAAGAAAUUACCGACGCCACAGACCAUAAAAGCAGCUAUCAUGAAAAUGGAUGCCACAGUUAUCGGUAGAGAGGGAAUUGAAAAACUCCUGACGAUGUUGCCUACUGAAGAGGAGAAAGUGAAAAUACAAGAAGCACAGUACGCCAAUCCAGAUUUACCUCUUGGAAGCGCAGAGCAAUUCCUACUUACCUUAGCGUCCAUCAACGAGCUGUCAUCGCGACUAAAGCUAUGGGUCUUCAAGCUGGACUUUGAUAACUUAGAGAAAGAGAUAGCAGAACCAUUAAUGGACUUGAAGCAAGGUAUAGAACUGUUGAAAGUAAACAAAACUUUCAAAGUGAUACUAUCGACCCUGAGGUCAGUCGGCAACUUCUUGAAUGGAAGCCACGUGAAGGGCUUUCGACUGGAGUAUUUGUCUAAGGUCAUGGAGGUGAAAGACACUGUGCACAAACACCCGCUUCUCUAUCAUAUUUGCGAAAUGAUCAUUGAAAAGUUCCCGGAUAGUACCGACUUCUUUAGUGAAGUUGGCCCAGUAAUCCGAGCAUCUAAAGUGGACUUCGAUAUACUCAGCGUAAACCUUCAAAAGCUAGAGUCUGACUGUAAGGCUUCCUGGGACCACAUGAAGAGGGUAGCCAAACACGACAGCUCGCAGAUAUUCAAGACGAAGAUCAAUGAAUUUCUCACCGACGCCGCUCAAAGGAUUAUAUUACUGUCUGUCAUUAAAAAGAGAGUCAUGAGCAGAUUUGGGAAAUUAUUGCUGCGGUUCGGCGUUCCACCUUCGGAUAUUGCGAAAACAAAACCUUCAGAGUUCCUAAAAGUCAUAGCGGAAUUCGCUUUAGAGUACCGCACUACGAGAGAAAGAGUCCAACAGCAGAUGGAGAAAAGAGCAAAUCAUAGGGAGAGGAACAAGACCAGAGGCAAAAUGAUUAUUGACGUCGGGAACUAUUCGAACAAAAACGGAGACCACACUGCUGAUCACGCCCUAAAGGAACUCCUGAAGACAGAUCCUGAUACUGACAGCCUCACUGAAGGGAGACGCAAGUCACAGGCCUCCACUAACAGAAUGCUAGUCAACGGAGAUCUGUCAGCCGACGACGAGAUCAUUGAGAGUUUGGUGCGAUCCGCCACAUCCAAACGCCGAACUGCCCCUAGAGAACGGAGAAGGAAUCGAAUGUCCGACAAAAAGAACUGGAACAGAACUCUGGACGGACAUCAGUCCUGGCCCAGAAGAGAAAGUAGUCCAGGAUCAACUGCCGAGAUCCAGCAGAGAUAGUCAACAAGAAAAUUGUCUUUAGUUUAACCUACUUGUAAAUUAUUAUUUAUUUAAGAAUCAAACAGGGACGUACUCGUGCUACUUGAAGAACGAAGAACUUAAUAUUAUUAAAGUAUCGUAACUUUUAUAAUUUUGUUAACAACAAACAAGGUGAAUGACUUGAUACCGCUAACAACCUGAUUAGCGUCUUUACUAUCAGUUUUUGUCACAUGUUAUUUUGAUUUACUUUAUGUAAUUUUUAUAGUUUUACUGCGUUUACGACACAAAUUAUCCGCAAGGUAGUGUUAACGAAAAUCAAUAUUUCGACGCUUGAAAGGCAAACGUGACUAAGCGACAAUGCGUGAACUUUACAGUAGACUAAUUUAAAGUUGAAAUACCUGAAAUCAAAAUUUAUUUUAACGA